UUCUUUAUUGGGUCAUUUUAUGGCUACUUUGGUUUCAAGGUAUAGUACUAUGGUUCUUUUUAUGUUUGUACAUAGUUUUAUUUUUAUGUAAGUGUUCCAUUCUUUUCCACCAAUUAUUGGUUUGAGGUGGUUUGGUGAUUUUAAAGCUCACGUUGUAUUGCACCUGAAUAUGGGAUUUACUGCACUAAGCCCUUUGUGUCUUUGAUUGACGAUAUUCAACGAAUAUGAUUAUAUAUGAGCAAAGAAAGCAACGAGCAGCAAGACAAAGUAGUGGAUAGAAUCACUCUCUCUUGACGUUAAUUAUGCCUGAGACAUCGAAAGAGCGGGAACUAGAAAAAAUCUCUUUGGAGUUACGGGAACUGACGCAACUCAAGGAACAGCUUAAUGACCGACUCCGUUUACUUGCCAUGCUGAGGGAAUUCCAGCAGAAUGCUGGCACUCAUGAAGCUAAGAACGAUGAAUAUGAUCAGAUCUGUGAGGAAGUUGAUAAACUCACAAAACGGAAGAAAGAACUACAUGAACUGCAAAAAAGACUUGACUUAAAUUCUGCAGGUGACUGUAUAAUUGCAGUCCCAGUCUAUGGUCCUGAUGGAUCUUCUGUUGGCAAUCAGAUUUUUGUUGUGGAGAGGCCACCCUCUUAUCAAGCUCCUCAGGUCAUUUUGGACAUAAAACAACUGCCCCCGCAGCCCUCACUAACUCGCUGCCCACACUGUGAACAGCACAUCACUACAGAGGUCAGGACUGUUGUUGGGAACACCACCUGGCUACUGUGCCUAGUUUGCACUUUCAUUGGCUGUUUUGUUGGUUGCUGUCUCAUCCCCUUCUGCACAAACAACUUCAAAGACGUGGCGCACAAGUGCCCAAAGUGUCGCAGUCACAUACACACAUGCACCAAAUUGUGAGAGAUAAGAUGAUGAUAAGGAAAGGCCUCAUUUCUCAGAAGAUGAGUUUACAUUCUGGCUGCAUCAGAUUUCACAUUCUGUUCCUUUUGUAAGUACAAAGAACUUGACUCAUCCUCUGGAACAGGGUUUCUAAUCAUAUCCACAAAGACACACAGGUUUGUCGCAGGGUUUUCUUACAAACCAGACACAAGCAGACCUGAUUUUGCACAUUAAAAUGGCUCAGUGGCAUCAUUACUAUGUUGUUGUAAUUAUAGUGCUUAGAAUGGUGAGGGGGUAGAGGAGCAAAACAAAGUGUGACAGCUGAAUUUUUAAAGGAGGCGGUUGAUAUGAUUUGCAGUAAUCCCAGUGUAAAUACAUGUAAAGUUCACCCUGUUUCAGUGGGUUUGCACCAAUACACACACAAGGUGGACUGGCUAUAUGAAUGUGUCAUGUGUGAUGUCCUGUGAUGAACUGGCAGCCUCUUUAGGGUUUAUUUCUGCCUUUCGAGUGGUUUCAAAAUGUACUGGACAGACUGCAACCCAUUCUUAGGGUUUUCCUUGGAUCUAAAUAUUUAAACAAAAUACUGAAUAAAAAGCAUAUUCAU